UAUCUAUGAAUGCUCCAACGGUUGAUGUCAUUCCUUUGGCUGGUAAUUUAGUUCUCAACUAUUCCCACCAGCGUUCUUAGCAUCGCUAAACAAUAAUGUCCUCACGUUUCAGCCUGCCUGGCGGUCCGCCACCGAUCGCGGGAAAUGCACGUGGCCAUCUGUUAUGAUUCCAGAGAAAGAGACCCAGAGUAUCGAAGAAAAGUAUGUUGAUACGAAAUGGUCUAGAAAAGUAUGGUGAUACGAAAUGUUGAAGACCUAAAACUACUUCUUCGUAAGAAUGGUGGCGUCACCUCCUCACAUAAGCAAUACAUCACAUUCACAUUUUUCAUACCAUUCCGUAAACGGUGGAGCUGGAGCGGCAAAUAAUAACAGGAUGUGGGGAUUUUCACCUCGUCUGGCUGGCGGUGGAACGGUAGAGAAUGGCAUUUCUAUGCAGCCAUCGGCAUCGAAGGAAGGUGGUGGAGGUGUUUGGGAACGACGAGCUAGUUUACCUUCUCUUAUGAUAAUGGCUUAGUUUGACAUCACGAGCUAGUUUACCUUCUCUUAUGAUAAUGGCUUAGUUUGACAUCACGAGCUACUUUACCUUCUCUUAUGAUAAUGGCUUAGUUUGACAUCACGAGCUACUUUACCUUUACCUUCUCUUAUGAUAAUGGCUUAGUAAGUUUGACAUCACGAGCUAGUUUGUCUUUCUUUAUGAUAAGGAGUUAGAUCCUCGACAACAUGAUUAUUUAUCAACAUCAUGAUCAUCCGCAUCCAUGCUGUCUGUGUGUGUCGUAGAUAAUGGGCGCCAACCUAAUUAACCUACCGAGAACUUACUAGUACCAGUUCCGAAUCUAAAAAUCCUGAAUAAGACUUUCAUCUGUUUUCUCUCAUCUUCUCCAUUCUCUGUUUUCUCUCUCACCCCAUGCCUCUGCUUAAUUAUGGUUUCCCCUUUCAUGUCCUCGCAAAACACGUCUGGGGUGAAAGUCGAGCCUCAAUCUCAGAACGGAGGAAUAGCCACUCCUACUGCAAUCGCUUUAGAACAAACAGGAGUUACUACAGGUCCUACAGCGCCUACUGCUGUCGUAACAUCAUCUGCUAGUACAACGGCUACCUCGACGAUGUGUGGUCGUGCAUCCACUUACAAUAGUAACAAUAUGGUUGUCAAUGACAAUGUUGGCUUUGGAAAUGCAGCAGCGACAUUAUCCACGACUUUGCC